AAGCCUGGUACCGGCACUCACUAUCCAGUCCCCUCACCAUGCCUCCCCGGCCAUCCCAGAAGCGAUCCGCCGCAUCAUCAGAGGACCCAUCGGCGUCCAAGAAAACACGCUUUCUCGAGCCAUCCGAAGACCCAGUCAACUUCGCCGAGGAGGUCGACUCCCAGCUCGAGAACCCCUCCGCCACGCGCCGCGGACGCGUCAAGACCGAGGGCUAUGAGUCGGACUCGAGCGGCGACGAAGACGAUGUUAAGCCCCGGGCGGGAAAGCCCGCUGACGUCGUGGACGAUGAGGACGACAUGUUCGCCGAGGCUGAGAAGCCCGCCCAGGAUGAUGACGGUCCUAAGCGCAAGGAGGAGAAGUUCCUGCGGUUGGGGGAUAUUGAGGGGCAGGAAUUCGACGAGCAGAAGUCGGGCGAUGAGGAUGAAGACGACGAGGACGAGCCCGCGGACGAGGAUGAGGCUGAGCGGCGGAAGAAGAAAGGGAUGGGAUAUGAGUUGUCUUCAUUCAACAUGCGCGAGGAGAUGGAGGAGGGGAAGUUCGCAGAGGACGGCACGUAUAUUAAGACAUUCGAUCCCCAUGCUAUCCACGACCGUUGGAUGGAGGGCCUUGACGAAGAGGAGAUCAAGAAGGCCCGGAAGAAACAUAGGGAACGGGAGAGGCAGGAAAGGGAGAGGCAAGCUGCGGAAGAGCGAGAGCUACAGCAGAGCGGGGGAAAAGAAGCCAUAGAAAAGCAGUUACUCGAGAUGCUGAAGAGGGGAGAGACCGUUCUGGAGGCACUGCAGCGCCUAGGAGCUAAAGCAAAGAAAAAUGGGUCUAAUCAGAAACGAACAAGACCCAACAACCGAAACAAGCCCGACGCAGGCAGCAACAACAUGGAUGUAGACGCUAAACCGGCACCACAUCAACCGACAGACAUCGAGCGUGUCACCGACCUAGCUUCAAAACUUAUGUCGUUCGGAGACACCGACAUCUACUCCAAGACAUGGGAGGAAAUAGUCCGUGCUGUACGCUCGUCAGGGAGCGUCGAUCCCUCUUGGGAGCCCCCAUCGGCGGAUAACGCGAAAUACGAGUUCAAAUGGGCGGUGCCAGACGCUACCGCGCCGGAAGGCCAGGUAUUUGGCCCGUACAGCGAGGACGAGAUGCAGGCUUGGUACAAGGCGUUUUACUUCGGUAGUGCCGGCGAGAAGGUCAAGGUCAGGAAGGUAGGCGGAGAAUGGGGUAGCUGGGAUGAAGUGCUAUGACACACGACUGCGCGGACUUAAUGUAUUGUACACUAUAUACCACAAGAUUGUAUCAAUAUCUAGUGUAUCUACCGGGUCGACGGGAAUUAAUGAGAGUGACGGGACAAUCAAGAUAUUAAGCAAGAAAAAGGAACAACCCGAGGACACACAGCACGAUCGAAAUGACCCUCCUGUACUCCGUCUAGCAAAUGGUUAUCGCUAUGUGCUUGCACAAUUUUGGAGGCUAGGGCAGAGGAACUCUAACAGGCGCGCGCCUUCGACUUGCUGGAGAAC